AUGGCUCGCGACGAAAUUGGCCCGCCAGCCAAGCGGCAUAAGGACGAUUCGCACCUUCCACCACAUAUUCGAGAUGCUAGACGCAAGGACAACGAUGACUGGGAAACGAAUCGCAUGCUCACUUCGGGUGUUGCCCAGAAACGAGGCCUUGAUGUCGAUAAUCUUGAUGACGAUGACAGUACCAGAAUUCAUUUACUGGUUCAUGACCUGCGACCACCGUUCCUCGAUGGCCGCACCAUCUUCACAAAGCAGCUGGAGCCGAUCUCCGCCAUUCGGGAUCCACAGAGCGAUAUGGCUGUCUUCAGUCGCAAGGGAAGCAGGGUUGUCCGUGAGCGCAGACAACAGCGGGAGCGCCAGAAGCAGGCUCAGGAUGCAACAACUAUGGCAGGCACCACUUUAGGAAAUCUUAUGGGUGUCAAAGAGGAUGAGGGCGAUAGUGCUGUCGCCAUGCCGGUUGAAGACGUUUACAAGAGUACAGGCAACAAAUUUUCUCAGCACCUUAAGAAAGAUAAAGGUGGUGCUAGCUCGUUUAGCGCGAACAAAACCAUGCGUGAACAGAGAGAAUUCCUUCCCGCAUUCGCAGUCCGUGAGGACUUGCUCCGAGUCAUUCGGGAUAAUCAGGUUGUGGUGGUUGUUGGUGAAACAGGUUCCGGAAAGACAACCCAGUUAACACAAUUCCUUCAUGAAGAUGGUUACACGAAGCAAGGUAUGAUCGGAUGUACGCAGCCUCGCCGUGUAGCAGCUAUGAGUGUUGCAAAACGUGUCAGUGAGGAGAUGGGUGUGGAGCUUGGGGGAACUGUUGGAUACGCCAUUCGAUUCGAGGAUUGUACAAGCGAUGAAACGGUGAUCAAAUACAUGACGGAUGGUGUUCUCCUUCGAGAAUCUUUAACACAAGCAGAUCUCGAUAAAUACUCGUGUAUAAUCAUGGACGAGGCACACGAAAGAGCCUUGAAUACUGAUGUUCUAAUGGGACUUCUUAAGAAAGUCCUAGCCCGACGCAGAGAUCUCAAACUAAUUGUCACAUCUGCGACUAUGAACUCAUCUCGUUUCUCACGCUUCUAUGGCGGUGCUCCGGAGUUUAUCAUCCCCGGUCGAACAUUCCCCGUCGAUGUUCACUUUUCUCGCACUCCAUGUGAGGACUACGUGGAUGCUGCAGUCAAGCAGGUCUUGGCUAUUCACGUCUCUCAGGGAGCGGGUGACAUCCUUGUUUUCAUGACGGGUCAAGAGGAUAUCGAAGCAACGUGCGACCUUGUUGCUGAUCGCUUGAAAUUCUUGAACGACCCCCAGCCACUCAGUAUUCUACCCAUAUACAGUCAAAUGCCCGCAGAGCAGCAAGCAAAAAUCUUCGAAAGAGCAGAGGCAGGUGUCCGAAAAGUGAUUGUCGCUACGAAUAUCGCUGAAACAAGUUUGACUGUCGACGGUAUCAUGUACGUGGUGGACUCAGGAUACUCAAAGCUGAAGGUGUACAACCCGCGCAUGGGUAUGGAUACCCUGCAGAUCACCCCAAUCUCGCAGGCCAACGCAAACCAGCGAUCUGGCCGAGCUGGCCGAACGGGCCCUGGUAAGGCUUAUCGCCUAUACACCGAGAGCGCAUACAAAAAUGAGCUAUAUAUUCAGACGAUUCCUGAAAUCCAGCGCACGAGCUUGGCCAAUACUGUUCUACUGUUGAAGUCAUUGGGUGUCAAGGACCUCCUGGACUUUGAUUUCAUGGAUCCCCCACCACAGGAGACCAUCUCCACAUCUCUCUUUGAGCUUUGGUCCCUCGGGGCAUUAGACAAUCUGGGUGAACUCACUCAUCUCGGAUCACGCAUGACGCCGUUCCCCAUGGAUCCCCCUCUAGCUAAGCUUAUCAUUACAGCCGCUGAAGAAUAUGAGUGUAGCGAGGAGAUGCUCACCAUUGUGUCCAUGCUUUCCGUCCCGAAUGUUUUCUAUCGUCCGAAAGAGCGUCAGGAAGAAUCCGACGCGGCACGUGAAAAAUUCUUCGUCCCAGAAUCUGAUCAUUUAACGCUUCUUCACGUAUUCACACAAUGGAAAUCCAACGGCUUUUCCGAUAAUUGGUGUACCAAACACUUCCUACACGGCAAAACCCUGCGCCGAGCCAAGGAAGUUCGAGACCAACUCCUCGACAUCAUGACAGUGCAAAAGAUGCCUCUCAUCAGUUGUGGUACAGACUGGGACUAUAUCCGAAAAUGUAUCUGCUCUGGCUUCUACCAUCAAGCCGCACGUGUGAAGGGUAUGGGCGAGUUUAUCAACCUCCGGACCAGCGUGACAAUGGCAUUGCAUCCCACCAGUGCACUCUAUGGUCUCGGCUACGUCCCAGAGUAUGUGGUCUACCACGAGUUGAUCUUGACUGCCAAGGAGUACAUGUCCACCGUUACAGCCGUUGACCCACACUGGCUCGCCGAACUUGGUGGUGUCUUUUACUCCCUAAAAGAAAAGGGCUACUCACAUCGUGACCGGCGUGUCACGGAACUCGAAUUUAACCGCCGCAUGGAAAUUGAGAAUCAAAUGGCUGUGGAUCGUGAACGCGACAAAGUUGAAAAGGCGCGUGAACUGGAGCGCGAGGACCCUGUGCGACGUAAAAAAGAAGUUGAGGUUGGCAUUGGGUCUUCUGUGCGGCGUCCCGUCAUCAAAAAACCUGCAAAGGUUGGGAUUACUUCUUCAUCCCGGCCUGGUGGGAGCAGUAGCUCUCGGGGUAGCGUGGUCAAAAGGCCGCAGGUUACCAAGCGCCCCGGCCGGACAUUUUGA